AGCCAUUGGUGUCUGCGGCCCCUCGGCUCCUCCCCCAGCCCGCCAUGGCGUCAGGCGCCGUGGCCCCGGGGAGGUGGUUCCCGCUUUAAGAAGUGAAGUUUUCCGCCCGCUCCCCUCCCCGCCCCGGUCCCUCCCGCGGCCUCCCGCGUCCCGCGGGGCCGGCGCAUGGAGCUGCGCAGCGGCGGCGGCGUGGGGAGCCAGGCCGUAGGGCGGAGGAUGGAUGGGGACUGCCGAGAUGGCGGCGGCGGCUGCAAGGACGCGGGGUCGGAGGACUACGAGAACCUGCCGACCGGCGCCGCGGUGUCCACGCACAUGACAGCCGGAGCGAUGGCCGGGAUCCUGGAGCACUCGAUCAUGUACCCGGUGGACUCGGUGAAGACACGAAUGCAGAGUUUAAACCCAGAUCCCAAAGCCCAGUACACAAGCAUCUAUGGAGCCCUGAAGAAAAUCAUGAAGACUGAAGGCUUCUGGAGGCCCUUGCGGGGCCUGAAUGUGAUGAUGAUGGGUGCGGGGCCGGCCCACGCCAUGUAUUUUGCCUGUUAUGAGAACAUGAAAAGGACUUUAAAUGACGUUUUCAACCACCAAGGAAACAGCCAUCUAGCCAAUGGGAUAGCUGGGAGUAUGGCCACCCUGCUCCACGAUGCGGUAAUGAAUCCUGCAGAAGUGGUGAAGCAGCGCUUACAGAUGUUCAACUCGAAGCACCGGUCAGCCCUCAGCUGCAUCCGGACGGUGUGGAGGACCGAGGGGUUGGGGGCCUUCUACCGGAGUUACACCACGCAGCUGACCAUGAACAUUCCCUUCCAGUCCAUCCACUUCAUCACCUACGAGUUCCUGCAGGAGCAGGUCAACCCUCGCCGGGACUACAACCCACAGUCUCACAUCAUCUCGGGCGGGCUAGCUGGGGCCCUGGCCGCGGCCGCCACCACUCCGCUGGACGUCUGUAAGACCCUGCUCAACACUCAGGAGAACAUGGCACUGACCUUGGCCAAGGUCGGGGGCCGGCUCUCAGGCAUGGCCAAUGCCUUCCGGACCGUGUACCAGCUCAACGGCCUACCUGGAUACUUCAAAGGCAUCCAGGCACGAGUCAUCUAUCAGAUGCCCUCCACUGCCAUCUCCUGGUCGGUCUAUGAGUUCUUCAAGUACGUCCUCACCAAGCGCCAGCUGGAGAGUCGAACUCCGUACUAAAGCAGCAGGCUGUGGGAAGUUGAUUGAGCAUCUUUUGUUUGCAACGGGCUUCCUGUGGCUGCCCGGUCCCCUUGUCCUCACACCCAGGCCCGUCCUGCAGGGCACCUGCGCCAGACCCUCCGCUCCUGGUGCCUUAGAGAGAGGGGAGGACAGGAUGGUCGCUGCCCCCAAAAGCUGUCCUCAGGGACGUGUGAGUGGCGGUGGACAGGAAGGACAGGGGAAGGGGACCGAGGAGUAAGGAGUGGCUUUUUUGUCCUCCGAGAGGAAUGUGUCAGUCUCCUUCCUGGGUCCUUAGAUCACAGCUCAGGGAAGAAGACAGACAGUGGCUGAGCGUAUUAAAGGAAGAGAGUCUAUGUAUAUAAAAGUUUCAUUACACAGUCUAAAAUAGGUGGAUAAUGUUUAUCCUUUAUUUUUUCUACUUAGAGAAGUUUUUCAAUUUGUGUGUGUGAGUGUGUGUGUGUGCACUUGUGCUUGUCCAUAAAUAGUAUUGCAGCUAGGAUAAAAUCGAGCUGUGUUUUUUAAAGAAAUAAUAAGAGGGCUGAAUCCUCCUAUCAGGUUAAGUAAAAAGGCACCAAAGUUCUCAAGGGCUGAGUGUGGCCUCCAAUCCUGUGCAAGCCCCUCCCUCCCCAAGGUGGAAGUUUGACUUGAAUGUGAAAUAAAUACUGAGCAUAUCUUUUGAAUUUCUCUUUUAAUGGGGGAAAAAGGUACGUUGAGAAAGAAUCAUAAU